AUGAGUGACGUUUUACAUGCACCAGCCGAUAUUUUGUUUUACAAGAACCAAAAGUUUUUUGAUUAUGUACGUAAUAUAACGAGUGAUAUUGUUGUGGAUAUAUUACAAUUACAAGAGAUAAACUCUGCUCAAAUAUUAUUGUGUGUCGAAAAUGCGCUAGACAUAUUGUAUCUUGAUUGUGAUGAAUUAGCACAUUUGAAAAAACGUGUAGGAUUUACUUUGAACAAUGGAGAUUACAUUAUUAGACCGGGCGUGAGGGAGAGUUUUGACUUUUUGAUUAAUUCGUUGAAAUUGAAGGUUAAUGAAGACAAACAUGUAAUUCAAUCAAAUGAUAAUACUGGAAAUGGUGCUUUAUUGGAACAAAUAGUUGAUGCACAUAAUAAUGAGGGCAAUACAUUCAUGAAAGCGUUCAUUGAGAAUAUUGUUAAUAAUUUGAAACGAUCUAAAAAUAAUUAUCAAUAUAAUGAGUAUGUUAAACGUUUUGCAUUAUCAUUGUACAUAUUGGCAGGCCGAAACGCGUAUGAGUUUGUAAGAAUUAAUUUACCUGGUGCCAUACCAUCAAUAGCAACAAUAGAAUCUUAUAUGAAAUGCACCAAUGUUCAAAUAACUGAAUGCGAAUUUAGAUUUAAAUCGUUGAAACAUCAUUUAAAUAGAAUUGAUUCUCGUCAUGGAUUUUGUGCUGAAGAUUGUACGAGUGUCGUGAAAAAAAUAAGUUAUGACCGUAUCUCGAAUUCAUUUAUUGGAUUUUGCACACCACUCAAUAAUGGGGUACCACAGCCUGUUUAUUUCCAAACAGAUAAUUUUCAUAUGUUAGAAAAUUGGUUUAAAAUAGCAGAAAAAUCAUCAUUAUUGAAUUUACAUAUGAUUCAACCAAUAACAACUGAUUUAUCACAAUCAGCGCCGUUCAUACUGGCUGCGUAUGGUACAAACAAUAAAGUAAUAUCUACUGGCAUAAUUCGACGCUGGUUAUAUAUUUAUAAUGAAUGUUCAAAAGAAUCAAUUCGUAUUAUUGGAUUCAGCACGGAUUGUGACGCAAAGUAUUUGAAAUCUAUGAGACUUGUUAGUCGAUUUUUUGCUAAUUUACCAAACAUUCCAAUAACUGACAAUAAUGAUGAUAAUUUAUUUGAAAUUCAUGUUCCAGCCAAAUGGUCAUCGUGGUUUUUUCUACAGCCCAAACAAAUAUUACUCUUCAUGCAAGAUCCGAUACAUUUAUGCACAAAAUUGCGAAACAGAAUAUUGUCAGCUAAAGCUACUUUAUUAAUUGGAACUCAACAAGUGAAUAUUAAACAUUUAGAAGAUUUAAUCGAUAAUUCAUCGAAACUUGAUCAUAAUCUGGUUAAGUCUGAUAUUUUUCCAAAAGAUAAACAAAAUUUUACAUCAUGUUUAAAAAUAUCUUCAAAAGACGUAUUAAGUAUGUUAACUGAAAAUUCAAAUACAACAGCAACGCGUUUUUAUUUAACAAUUAUUCAUUUAACAAUAUUAGCAUAUAUCGAUAAAACAACAUCUGUUAGUGAUCGUAUUUAUUUUGCGUGGAUAACCGUUUUUAUGUGUCGAUUCUGGUAUAUGUGGAUUCAGUAUAAUUCAUUUAACACACAUUCAUUCACUCCUUUAAAUAAUUCAAAAACAGCAGUGAAGAAUACAAAGACGGACAAAACAAAAUUUUUUAUCACAAAACCAACGUUUUUCUCCAUUGAAUUAAAUGCACACAAUUUAACAUAUAUAGCAAUACUAGUGAUGAAUAAACAAUUGCCACCUGAAUCAUUGAAUAUAUAUUUAUUUAGUUCACAGCCAUGUGAAGCCACUUUUCGAAAUUGUAGAGCGUUAUCGGGAACGUUUUCAUCAUCAACAAAUUUUAG